AUGCAUCCGGUGCCACCUCCUGAGGUAAGUUACGAGUUGCAUUCCUGGCUGGUGGACCUGGGCACUGUGAAGGGCAGACAAAGCCAAAAUAGCAAACCGCAUGUGCUUCCGGGCCGCCUGGUGGCAAACCUGGUGUCUGGCGAGGCCUUUGUGGAUCUGCUCAAUGCCAUAUUUUCAAAGCAUGCUGUCAAGCAAAAGCUGACAUCGCAUGCCGGGCAGCCGCAGCAGACGUGGACACAGGUUGCCAAGGGCUUGCGCCGCAUGUCCGUUGAGCUGGACAACGCUGCCCUAGCUGCUCUGGCCAGUGGAGACCAGGCAUUGGUCUUGGAGCUCUUGCAGGAGCUGCAUGUGGUAUAUCAGCACUGGAUCUCCCAAGAGGCUAAGCGGCAGCGGCGGGCCAGGAACCGACGUGUGCAGUCGCAGCAGGGGCAUCAGAACGGCUACGCCCGAGCUGGCGCAGCUCCUGAUGCAUCAGAAAAGCGGGAUGCAGAGAAGCGGGAUGCAGCAGUGCGGCGGCAUGCAGCAGACAGACCGAAGGAGGAAGGCGCUCACACGUCCAGGCCCCCUGGCAAACGUUCCAUGCCUGAGUCUGUGGACCUACCGCUGCCCGGUAGUGUGGAUGUCCACCCGGACAUGGGGAGGGUCGACGGCAAACAGCACAAGCCUGUGAGGGCCAGGGAAGCCGAGGAAGAACAUCAGCCAAUUGAGCAGGUUGCGGAUGCCCCCGAGCGAAAGCCGUGGGAUGCUCUGAGCAGUCUAUCACCUGAUCGUGACUUUUCAAUGGCUUCAUCCGCGCCAGAACUUCUGGGUCUCUCGAUGAUGCAGCAGCUUCGAAUAACGCCAAGCCAGGUGCAGGAGCUCCUUGCAGAGAAUGGCCGUCGCCUUCUGCGGGCAUUUGCGGAUGUCGAGCACAACGUCGCACAUCUAUCUAGAUGGCUGGGGUCUCUGACGCAUUAUGGAGGAGCAAUUGCCGAGUUGCUGCUCCUGCGGCCUGACCACGCUCCCUUCACACUUACGGUUCUGGGCCAUGGCCUUCAGUCUCAAAGUGAUGCUGGCGAAGCUGCAUGUGUCAUUCUGGCUGGCGUUUGCGCGGCACUUGCUGGGACCCACCUGCGCAAAGUCUGCGCAGACUGGCUCAUCAACUCGUCUGGGCUCGCGGAUGUGGCUGCUCUGAUGUCCCAACGUCCCAGUGCACACGGAGCUGCAGUAUCCGUGAUGGUGAGCUGCUAUGGCGACUCGCUCCUCCAGCUGACGUCGCAGUACUUGAAGCAAACGGUGCGCGGUGAGCAGGAAUACUUGGCUGCGGCACAUCACAUUUUACGGGCAAUGCUCAGCCAGAAGGACUUGGCAGAGGCUUGCCAUGAACAAGGAGUGCCGUCACACUUCCUGGCAAGAAGCCUGCAGCGACUCGGUGAUGAAAGGAGUACCGCGGGAACCUUGCAAGCAGCCGCUCUCCUGGCGACAGAUCUUUGGCUUGCAGGUGUGAGCACCUCCUCACCACAAGAAGGCUUGGGGGACCUGCUCAGCGCGUUGAAGACAGCGACGCAGAGCAGGCAAGGACGAUGCCCACACAUGGUUGCGUUCUCAUGCCUCGCCAGACUGCUGUCACGGCUGUGCGACAACCAAGAUGUCGAAGGGACUCCAGCAGUGUACCGGACCUUCGUCUAUGCGCUGGUUGAAUGCGAAAGCCACUCGUCGCGAGAAUUCGGCACACGCUGUUUGCUGAAUCUGCUUGAGAAGUACGAAGGGGUUCCGGUCGGGAUACUGGCGGAACUCAGUGUCAAGAAGUUUCAGGUCAGCGCUGCAGAACCCCUCACGGUCAUUGACGUCGAGCUUUUCCUGGUCAUCGCGAAGCACCCGCGCUGUACCGAUCGCCAUGCAGAGCUGUGCGGCUUCUCAGCCAACAGCUGUGCUUUGGAGAACCCUGAUGUUGGACGUGCUGCAAGCCUGCCCUUACUGGUGAUAUUUCGGCGGUUUGCACGCGAGGACGUGCAUGCUGAUCCAACGCGGGACUCCGAAGAUGCAGGUCAAUCAGGUGUUCCAUCCUUGGACCGACGAAUGCGACGACUUCUGCAAGAGGUCUGUAAGGCAUACUUGUCCAGCUACGUCGAGCUGCAUCCGAACUUGCAGGCGGUGCUGCAGCACUGUUCGCAGUCUGCUACACAGUGGCACACAUUGGAGCUAACAAACACGGCGCCUUGUUGCCACUUCGGCAGUUUUUGUCCAUGA